UUGUCCAGUGUGAAGCAUGCACAGGCACAUAAUAUGCUGGACCAUGUUCAAGAGCUAGAGAGUACGGAGCAAGUCAUGACAGAUGAAGCAGAAGAACACAACUAUCUAAGUGAUUAUGGUAUGAAAUGGCUUAUGGUUUGGUGGGACACAAAUAAUUUCAAGAAAUGGAAUCAAUACACAGAUCAUGAAAUAUAUGAAAUUGUAGAACCAGGGUAAACAAAGCAAUCAACACAUAAGCUGCGGCUGACUCUUGAUAGGCAUCCUGGCAUGGGUAAUUUGUCUAUUUCAGAUCUACAGAACACACUUUCAAAUCGCUUACGAGAUCUGCAGUUGAAACAAAACUUGGCACCCAUUCGAAAUACUUUAUCCAAAGCCAUGUCGGGUGGUGCAAAGGCCGUGUCCAGUGGACGAUCCAAACUGAAUGCAUUUUGGAAUGAUUUAGAACGCAGCCAUCCUGAAGAAGGAACAUCCCGACCUGAACCUUCUUCUCCGCCCCUUUCACCAUUAUUUGAAACAACAACACAACAAGCGGGGCGGCUGUUUAGUAAUUUCUCAUCGUUUCUUACUCGAAAAACAAAGGAAUUUUCACAAGUCAUGGAGGAUUCUGUGUCAGAAACCAACAAGAAACAACUCUCAAGACAGGCUUCAAGUGAUGACGAUUCAGGCUCUGGUGUGUUUGUUGAUGUGGGACAAAUGUACCCGUUUACUAAAUCAAACAGAAACAAAGAAGACGUGCUUGACAUUUAAUAAAAGGGAAAAACACAAACUUUAAUUUUUGACGAUACUUUUUGUGAGAGAAACGGAUUUUGUGGGGUUGAUGGUCACUAUAAAUAACAGAAAAAAAUUGUUUUUCAUUUUUUUUAUUCUUUUUUUUUCCACUCGAUUCC